AUGAAGUGGCUUGUGCUCCUUGGGCUGGUGGCCUUUUCAGAAUGCAUAGUGAAAAUACCUCUAAGGAGAGUGAAGACCAUGAGAAACACCCUCAGUGGAAAAAAGAUGCUGAACAGUUUCCUGAAGGAACAUGCUUACAGACUGUCUCAGAUUUCUUUUCGUGCCUCAAAUCUAACUAUUAACCCUCUGAGAAACAUCAUGGAUAUGCUCUACGUGGGUAAAAUCACCAUUGGAACACCCCCUCAGGAAUUCCAGGUUGUCUUUAACACAGGCUCAUCUGACUUGUUGGUGCCCUCCAUCAAUUGCCUCAGCCCAACCAAGAGACCCUGUAGUAAACAAGAUAAGUUCAAACAUCACCAGUCUUCCACCUUCCGGUUUACCAAUGACACCUUCAGAAUCUACUUUGGUUCCGGAACAAUGAGAGGAGUUGUUGCUCAUGACACAGUUCGGAUUGGGGACCUUGUAAGUACUGACCAGCCGUUUGGUCUAAUCUUUUUGGAAACCUGGCUUGAUAUCCCUUUUGAUGGCAUCUUGGGCUUGAACUAUCCCAACAUAUCCUUCUCUGGAGCCAUCCCCAUCUUUGACAAGCUGAAGAAUGAAGGUGCCUUUUCUGAGCCUGUUUUUGCCUUCUACUUGAACAAAGACAAGCAGGAGGGUAGUGUGGUGAUGUUUGGUGGGGUGGACCACCGCUACUACAAGGGAGAGCUCAACUGGGUACCAUUGAUCCACCCAGGCGAGUGGAGUGUACCCUUGGACCGCAUCUCCAUGAGAAGAAAGGUUAUCGCUUGUUCUGGUGGCUGUGAGGCCCUUGUGGGCACCGGGACAGCACUGAUCCUUGGCCCAAGAACAGUGGUUGAAAACAUACAGAAGCACAUCGGUGCCACACGACAGUGUUUCGAGUACUUUGUUUCAUGUUCUGCGGUCUAUGCCCUGCCCUCUAUUGUCUUCACCAUCAACGGCAUCAACUACCCAGUGCCACCUCAAGCCUACCUCGUCAAGGAUUCUAGAGACCAGUGCUAUUCCCCCUUUCAAGUGAACAGAGCGAAUCCAUCUGCAGAGACCUGGAUCCUGGGUGACAUCUUCCUGAGGCGGUAUUUCUCAGUCUUUGAUCGAGGAAAUGACAGGAUUGGCCUGGCACGGGCAGUGUAA